UAGAUGUUUAGACCCAUAUUCAGCAAACGGAGUACCAGCCCUUAACGGCCACACAUGGCCUCUUCCACCUUCAACACUCUGCAGCAAAAACACCUCCUCUCUACCACUUUCUGUAAGUAUCCAUCAUCUCUAAAUAGUCUGAGUUUCCACUGUUUAUUUCAUUUUCUUACUAUCUCUCCUUUCGAGCACAAACCAUUUUUUGUGCGUAGACCACAUGGUAGCAACAUACGAAGAAAGUUAUCCACUGCAAACCAUGAAAGUCCCACGAAUUUAAGAAUUAGAAAAUCUUCAACUACUGGAGGUGAAAGUGUUGGGAGACAAUCUGUGAAUAACCUUGUUGAAUCCGUAGUAGAGGAAAGUAUUGAAAAGAGGUUUGCGAAGAAUAAAAAGGCAAGAAAGGACCUGGGUUUUAGAAAAAGGAAGGAUGUUGGCUCGGGGGAUUGGUCUACAAGUUUUAAAGAUGGAAAUAAAAAGAUACCAGCUUUGGAAAUUAUGGACAUUCUGGCAUUUAAUGGUAAAAGACUGAAGAAAAAAACAAAAAAUGGUUGUGAUAAUCAGGUGAAAGAGAAGAAAACGGCAAAAGGGUCCAAAAGAAACAAACUUGAUUCAGCAGAAGUAAAAUUCCGACUGGGGUUGGAUACGUGCUGCAAGAGAGGGGAUGCAAUGGGUGCAAUUCGAUUGUAUGAUUUAGCUCUGAGAGAAGGAAUCAAGAUGGGGCAGUACCAUUAUGCUGUACUUUUGUAUCUUUGUUCCUCUGCUGCUGUAGGUGUUGUUCAACCUGCAAAAAGUGGGAGUAGGGGUCGAGCUUUGAAUUCAUUAGAGGUGUCUAAUGAAGUUACUGAUGUAAGGGUGGUGGAUUUGAGUGAAUUAAGAGAUAAGAACGAUAGGAAUAUAGUUACUGAAUUACACACUCGAGUUUCCAACAAUGGUGAUGGAAAUCCUGGAAGUUCAGAAAAAAUGGAGUUAAAUUCUAGUAGUGGGUUUAAUGAUUUAGAUAACAAUUUCAAUGAGGAGAACUUAAAUCUAAUUUCUAAUGUUAUUAGUAAGCCAAACUCUCAAUAUUUGGACGGAGUAAAUUUUUUUAGAAAGGGUAAAAAUGGUGAUAAUCGUGAUGAUCAUGAAAUUCAGGUAAAUGAAGAUAUCAAGAAGUAUGCACUCAGGAGGGGAUUUGAGAUCUAUGGGAAGAUGUGUAUGGAUAAGGUCCCAAUGAAUGAAGCAACCCUGACAGCUGUGGCUAGAAUGGCAAUGUCAAUGGGUAAUGGUGAUAUGGCAUUUGAUAUGGUGAAGCAAAUGAAGCCACUGGGAUUAAAUCCUAGAUUGAGGUCCUAUGGCCCUGCUCUAUCUACUUUUUGCAAUAAUGGAGAUGUCAAUAAAGCAUUUGCUGUAGAAAAACACAUGUUGGAGCAUGGUGUCCAUCCAGAAGAGCCUGAACUGGAGGCACUCUUGAGAGUAAGUGUUGAAGCUGGUAAAGCUGAUAAAGUUUAUUAUUUGUUGCAUAAAUUGAGAACUAGUGUGAGAAAGGUCUCACCCUCUACUGCAGAUAUAAUUGUUAGAUGGUUUAAGAGCAAGGCAGCUUCAAGGGUAGGGAAAACAAAAUGGGAUAAGAGAGUUAUUAAAGAGGCAAUUGAAAAUGGGGGUGGAGGAUGGCAUGGGCAGGGCUGGCUGGCUAAAGGAAAGUGGAGCGUUUCAAUUACAUCUAUUGGACCUGCUGCAUUUUGUAGAUCUUGUGGGGAGAAAUUGGCCACCAUUGACCUUGAUCCUACAGAGACACAGAAUUUUGCUGAGUCUGUUGCUUCCAUUGCCAUAAAGAGAGAUAAAGAUUCAAGCUUUCAAAAGUUUCAAAAAUGGCUCAACUAUUAUGGACCUUUUGAAGCAGUGAUAGACGGAGCAAAUGUAGGUCUUUUGAGCGAGAAGAGAUUCAUUCCAUCCAAGAUCAAUGCUAUUGCUAAUGGAAUACGCCAGAAGCUUCCAUCAAAAAGAUGGCCACUUAUUGUUCUGCACAACAAGCGUGUCACUGGACCCAAUAUGAAUGAAGCAGCAAAUAAGGCAUUGACCGAAAAAUGGAAAAAUGCUGAUGCACUAUAUGCAACGCCGACUGGGUCAAAUGAUGAUUGGUACUGGUUGUAUGCAGCCAUAAAGUUCAAGUGCUUAAUUGUGACUAAUGAUGAGAUGCGAGAUCAUACAUUUCAACUUCUAGGAAAUGACUUCUUCCCUAAAUGGAAAGAAAGGCACCAAGUGCAUUUCAGUUUUUCUGAUGUUGGCCCAGUUUUUCACAUGCCUCCUUGUUUCUCUGUUGUAAUUCAGGAAUCAGAGAAAGGCAACUGGCAUAUUCCAAUUGCAACAGACCAUGAUUAUGAACCAGAAAGAACAUGGUUAUGCAUUACACAUGCUAACUCAUCUGUGGCUAGGCAUGAUUCUAUCACCACCAGAACUGAAGAUUCACAAUCUGUGAAUCAUGGCAAUGAGCAAGCUAUGUUGACCAAGCAAAAUAGGGUUAAGGAAAAGCAAGAGCAUACAUUGAAUCACUGCAGCCUAGAAGAUUUGCAGAAUUCACCUCAGGAAGUCUACAAGAAUCUCAGGAAUGUGCUGUUGGCAUCUGGAUUCACAGAUCAUCACACAAUCCUAUCGGAAAUUGAGGCAGCGGAGAAGCUCAGUGGCCGUGUAAUUGACUUUCAGAUAUGAUGUUGAAGGUCUCUUAUCCAGGACUUCGAAUGACACACCUGAAAAUCAAACUUGGAAAGGGAAUAUCCACGUACAAUUGUGAGGCACGUGUUAUUGGCCGCACUCUGGAAAAUUGUUCUUCUUCAGAGUGCUCUUGGGUCAGCUAAAUCUCACCAUUCAAAGGUUGAUAUUUGAGUUAAUUUCUUGAGUCACCCUUUUGAAUUUCCCUAGCUGCAACCUACAAUGCAUUUGUAUGUACGUUCAUUUAAAAUGUAUUCUGGGCUGCCAGCUGGCAAUCAUAUGGGCGAGGGCAUGCCUAAGAUGCUGAUUGCCUCAUUGUACAUUACAUGUUUCAAAUUAUGUUGUUUCUGAAAGUAAUUCUUUGAAUCAA